AUAUUGAAUUAUAAUUUUUUUUGUGAUAUAGAGUGCAAUUUCUCUUUCUUGAUUGUCUUUGCAUUGCGGGUUAUUUAUUACUCUCUGCUCUUCCUAAAGCUUCAUCCUUUUUUUUUCUCCUGGCAAGAAGGUAGAGGAUAUGUUUCCUGACAGCUCAAAGCGGGAAGAAGUUGUUACUGUUGAUGUGAGCCAAGCCAAGAUUCUCCUCCAGUCCGACCAUCAAUAUCUUGAUGUUAGGACUGAGGAAGAGUUUCGGAGAGGACAUUGUUUUGUACCUAAGAUCCUCAACGUUCCCUACAUGCUCAAUUCGCCUCAAGGAAGAGUGAAGAAUCAAGACUUCUUGGAUCAAGUGUCUUCUCUUCUCAACCCAACAGAUGAUAUCCUUGUGGGUUGUCAGAGUGGAGCCAGAUCCUUAAAUGCAACAACUGAACUUAUUUCUGCUGGUUUCAAGAAAGUGAGAAACGUAGGAGGUGGCUAUCUGGCUUGGGUGGACCACAACUUUCCCAUCAUUAAGGAGCAGCAGCAAUCUGCAAACUAAGAGAUGCAUGCACCCUCUUUAAAUUUCCUUUUAAUAUAAUGCAAACUGUGAUGUAAUAAUAGCUCGCUAUCUCUCUUUCUCUGUAUUUAGAAUUUGCAGUGUGUUGUUGUGUUAUCAUAAAGAAAAAGAAAAGAA